AUGGGACCAGAGUCAGCUCUGCUGGGUGCCUGGCCAACAAUCUCGCACCGCCCUGAGCCAAGCUGUCUUCAGGAUCCUGUCAACACAUCACCGACACGGUGCCAGCAGCCAGCGGCUGCAGCAGCAGCAGCCGCCAGCGGCUGCAGCAGCAGCAGCCGCCAGCGGCUGCAGCAGCAGCAGCCGCCAGCGGCUGCAGCAGCAGCAGCCGCCAGCGGCUGCAGCAGCAGCAGCCGCCAGCGGCUGCAGCAGCAGCAGCCGCCAGCGGCUGCAGCAGCAGCAGCCGCCAGCGGCUGCGGCAGCAGCAGCCGCCAGCGGCUGCGGCAGCAGCAGCCGCCAGCGGCUGCGGCAGCAGCAGCCGCCAGCGGCUGCGGCAGCAGCAGCCGCCAGCGGCUGCGGCAGCAGCAGCCGCCAGCGGCUGCGGCAGCAGCAGCCGCCAGCGGCUGCGGCAGCAGCAGCCGCCAGCGGCUGCGGCAGCAGCAGCCGCCAGCGGCUGCGGCAGCAGCAGCCGCCAGCGGCUGCGGCAGCAGCAGCCGCCAGCGGCUGCGGCAGCAGCAGCCGCCAGCGGCUGCGGCAGCAGCAGCCGCCAGCGGCUGCGGCAGCAGCAGCCGCCAGCGGCUGCGGCAGCAGCAGCCGCCAGCGGCUGCGGCAGCAGCAGCCGCCAGCGGCUGCGGCAGCAGCAGCCGCCAGCGGCUGCGGCAGCAGCAGCCGCCAGCGGCUGCGGCAGCAGCAGCCGCCAGCGGCUGCGGCAGCAGCAGCCGCCAGCGGCUGCGGCAGCAGCAGCCGCCAGCGGCUGCGGCAGCAGCAGCCGCCAGCGGCUGCGGCAGCAGCAGCCGCCAGCGGCUGCGGCAGCAGCAGCCGCCAGCGGCUGCGGCAGCAGCAGCCGCCAGCGGCUGCGGCAGCAGCAGCCGCCAGCGGCUGCGGCAGCAGCAGCCGCCAGCGGCUGCGGCAGCAGCAGCCGCCAGCGGCUGCGGCAGCAGCAGCCGCCAGCGGCUGCGGCAGCAGCAGCCGCCCGCGGCUGCGGGCUGCCACAGACGACAUACUCGGCGGUGCCGUGUUAGAGCGGGACGCCGGGUCCCGCGACGUCGCUCGGCAGGACGCAGGCGGCCGGGCGGCCACGCGGAGCAGGCGCAGACUCUGGCGACACUGACGACGGCGCAGGGCAAGGAGGAGGAGGCGAGGCAACGAGAAGGCAAGGAGGAGGAGGCGAGGCAACGAGAAGGCAAGGAGGAGGAGGCAAGGCAACGAGAAGGCAAGGAGGAGGAGGCAAGGCAACGAGAAGGCAAGGAGGAGGAGGCGAGGCAACGAGAAGGCAAGGAGGAGGAGGCGAGGCAACGAGAAGGCAAGGAGAAGGAGGCAACGAGAAGGCAAGGAGAAGGAGGCAACGAGAAGGCAAGGAGAAGGAGGCAACGAGAAGGCAAGGAGAAGGAGGCAACGAGAAGGCAAGGAGAAGGAGGCAACGAGAAGGCAAGGAGAAGGAGGCAACGAGAAGGCAAGGAGAAGGAGGCAACGAGAAGGCAAGGAGAAGGAGGCAACGAGAAGGCAAGGAGAAGGAGGCAACGAGAAGGCAAGGAGAAGGAGGCAACGAGAAGGCAAGGAGAAGGAGGCAACGAGAAGGCAAGGAGAAGGAGGCAACGAGAAGGCAAGGAGAAGGAGGCAACGAGAAGGCAAGGAGAAGCAGGCAACGAGAAGGCAAGGAGAAGAAGACAAGGGAAAGAGUAA